CCUUAUUAUUAGGUACAAAUAGGAGCGCUACGGAGAGUGAAUAAGCACACUGGGUUCAGUGUUCUCUCUCCAGUGCCAUCCGGGUGACAUCGACCAUGAAGACCCUGCUGAGCUUGAUAUUGGUCAUCUUCAUCUCUGUUACUACAGAGGCUCUUGACUGCCAUCUUUGUGAGAGUUUCCUAGCACCGACCUGCAACUCCUUAACCAGCGAGACCUGCCCAACAAAUGUCACAAAAUGUUACGCUAACGUUAUAAUGGAGAAAAUUGGACCUCUUACCCUUUACCAGAGUUCAAAAGGAUGUCAAAGGGGCAAGGAUUUGUGCGCUAGUAACUACGAUAUGGCCAUGGGGACCAUUGAGGCGCAUAGCAGAGUAAAGUGCUGUGAGGGAGACAACUGCAAUACCGAGUCACCGCAACUUGUGAUCCCAGAUAACUUGCAGGAGAAUGGCGUGGAGUGUCCGAUGUGUGCUGAGAAAGGAAAGAGCUGCACAUCAGAGAACGUCCACAAAUGCACGGGAAAUCUGGAUCGAUGCUUUAGUCUCAUUGGUGGAAUCUAUACUGGAAUUACAGGUGGAUUUUCUGAUUGGACAUUCAAGGGAUGUAUCAACAAAGAAGUCUGCGAUUACAUUGAGACCCAUGGUGGAUUUGAUAUACCUUAUCUUGAUAAAAGCACCAAGUUGCAAUGUACUAAAAAAUAAGCACUAAAGCCCACAUGCUUGAGGAAUUCUGAUUAAAAUAAAAUUGCCUUA